AUGUGUGUGUGUUUAUGUACAACCCCUCUACCUGUGCACACCACUCUAUACUUGUGCAUCCCUCCUGUACAUGUGGUCACCCCCUGUACCUGCUCAUACCCCUCGGACCUGUACUCGCACACCUAUACCUGUGCUCACAUACCCUGUACCUGCUCAUACCACCUAUACCUGUGCUCACAUACCCUGUACCUGCUCACACACCUGUACCUGUGCUCACAUACCCUGUACCUGCUCACACCACCUGUACCUGUGCUCACACCCUGUAUGUAUGUAUCCCCUGUACGUGUAUUCACACACUCACUGUACCUGCUCACACACAUCUACUUGUGCUCACACGCGUCCCUGCUCAUACCCUGUCCCUGCACUCACACCCCCAUCCCUGCUGACCCCUGUACCUGCACUCACAUCCCUGUCCCGCUGACCCCUGUACCUGCACUCACACCUGUCCCUGCUGACCCCUGUCCCUGCACUCACACUCCUGUACCUGCUGACCCCUGUCCCUGCACUCACACCCCUGUCCCUGCACUCACACCCCUGUACCUGCUGACCCCUGUCCCUGCACUCACACCCCUGUCCCUGCACUCACACCCCUGUACCUGCACUCACACCCCUGUACCUGCUGACCCCUGUCCCUGCUCACACCCCUGUCCCUGCACUCACACCCCUGACCCUGCUGACCCCUGUACCUGCUCACACCCCUGUCCCUGCACUCACACCCCUGUCCCUGCACUCACACCCCUGUCCCUGCACUCACACCCCUGUACCUGCACUCACACCCCUGUACCUGCGCAUCCCCCGCCCCGCCCCGGCGUUUCGGGGGCUGGGGGCGUGUCCAGCCGGUGA